CGCAGCGCCUUCGAGUUCGAGCAGGUCAUCGGGCGAGGCGCCUUCGGCCGGGUCUGGAAGGCCACCCACAAGCGCACGCGGACAGCCUUUGCGGUCAAAGAGAUGUCAAAGGCAGUGGUGCUCGCCAAAAAGAGUGUGGGGGCAGUGUUGAAUGAGAAAGAGUUACUGGCGAGGCUGAAGUCAAGCUCGAUCGUGAACAUGUACUAUGCCUUCCAGGACAGGACCACGCUGUACUUGGUCAUGGACUACCUCCCAGGCGGGGACUUGCGGCAUCACCUGGGAGUGCGGAGGUUCAGUGAGAAGGAAGCCCGGUUCCUGAUCGCCUGCGUGGUGCAGGGACUGGCCUACCUGCACCGCAGCCACAUCGUGCACCGUGACAUCAAGCCCGAAAACCUAGUGUUCGACGAACGCGGCUAUCUUCGGAUAACGGACCUGGGGAUUUCAAAGCUGCUGCGGGCAGAUAACAGCGCAGACACCAGCGGCACUCCUGGCUACAUGGCCCCGUAAAUCCUCUGCCGGCAGAACUACUCAUACGAGGUCGACUUCUUUGCUCUGGGAGUUAUACUCUAUGAGCUGAUGCUAGAGGAGCGGCCCUACCAUGGCCGCAAUCGCAAGGAAAUCCGCGACCUCAUUCUCGCCAAGCAGGUCCAGAUCCGCAAAAGCCAGAUUCCUCACGGCUGGUCUCCUCACGCCGCCGACCUGGCCAACCGCCUCAUCCAGCGCAAGCCUGCCUGCAGACUCGGCGCAGGAGGGGUCGCAGAAAUUAUGACGCACUCUUGGUUCCGUGACAUAAGCUGGAAGCGCGUGGCUGCGCGGGACUACGAACCCCCCUUUGUGCCAAAACCGCGAGGACAUGCGGGCCAGGUCAGUCUACAAAGCGAGGCGGACUUAGUCGACAAGAACAACCUGCUGCUGCGAGGAAGGGACUGCGCCGAGCUAUUCGAAGACUACUAUUUUGACAGUUGUGUGAAGACCUAG